UGCUACUGGUGGCAUAGAUGCUUGUUGCCCAAAAAUUCCAAAGACAACCAAUGCCCUUUUCAAGUUUUAAUCUUUUCUUCGUAAUCCCAAAACCGUUGGGGACAUUUUCUACCUAGCCAAGCCAAUCACCCCACCAAAGAAAAAAGAAAAAGCAUAGCAAUUGAGCACUAUGAUACAUGUGUUCUCGUGGCACAAGUACAACAAAAGCCAUACAAAACAAAAAGAAGGCAAAAUAAAUUAGCAAAUGCCCUUUUGACACCCUCCUCAUCAAGCCUUGUUUUUCACUCCUCCAUCUCUCCUCUGUUUUUCCACCCCAAAAGUUCAUUUCCCAUUUCUUUCUUUGAAAUCCUGGUGCUUGUGGUGGUGGUGGUGGUGGUGGUGGAGAAGGAGGAGAGCCUAAUUGGGAGGAGAGAGAGAGAGAAGAACCCGGCAAUGGAUACUAUGACAAGACUUCAAGAAAGCAAAAACCCGUCUCCAAUAAACUCUCCUCGAAACAAUGGAAGCAACAAUGGGGUCCAAAUCCACACCCUACCACUCACUUCAAUACCCAUCUCCAGAUCUGACGCUAACCCUUACCCAACAACCUUUGUCCAAGCGGACACCUCUACUUUCAAACAAGUAGUUCAAAUGCUCACUGGCUCAACAGAAACAGCAAAGCAAGCCUCUUCAAGAACAGCUCAAGAUCCAGCAGCACCACCAUCACCAACUACUUCUACGCGAAACUUCAUCAUACCUCCAAUCAAAAGCAUGCCAAAGAAGCAACAAAAUAGCUUCAAGCUUUACGAAAGGAGAAACAACAACCUUAAGAACAGUCUCAUGAUCAACACUUUGUUGCCUAGUUUUGCAAGUAGUAACUCGGUUACAGGAUUUUCGCCAAGAAACAAGCAGGAGAUCUUGUCUCCAAGCUUGCUUGACUUCCCUAAGCUGACACUUAGCCCAGUGACUCCACUGAAUAAUGAAGACCCUUUCAACAAAAGCUCCCCAUCUUUAGGGAAUUCUUCAUCAGAAGAGGAGAGAGCAAUAGCAGAGAAAGGGUUUUACUUGCAUCCAUCGCCCAUAUCUACUCCUAGAGAUUCAGAGCCCCAAUUGCUGCCACUAUUUCCUGUGACCUCACCUAAAGUUUCAGGAUCUUGAUUUUCUUGAACAUGGAAAGAAAAAUGACAGUGAGAAGGUUAUGGGUUUUGGAUGCUUUCGAGGGAGACGUAGUGAUCUUUGGCUUAAUUGUACAGUCUGAUCCUUCUUUUCAUGAUAUAUGGGGAUAUGCUGAUCUCUUCUGACAACUGUAGAAGUUUUAGCUGACUGAAUCUUUAAUAUAAGAUAUUCUAGCAGCGUACUCAGAUUCUUGAUUGCCCAUCAUACUUUGGAGGAAUGCACAUCUAUACAGGGGUGUCAGAUUUUAGGGUAUCGAAUAAAAUGUAUAAAGUGUCUGUAAAGAACUAUGAACAAAAGAAAUCAAUGGCCCAUCUCAGUUGUUUCUUUCAAGAAGGAAGUAAGUCAUUGUCCUUUGCUACAA